AUGCAAUUUUCAAUGUGCUAUCAGGCCCACGGCCAAUCUCGGAACAACCCAAAAACUGGAACGCUUAGGAUCGGAGUUCUACCCCGGGUCGUGGAACGUUACCACGAGAGUAUUUCUUGCUCUUGGACCUGUGACGUGGCGAGGCCCUUGCAACGAGGAAUCAAGAUCAGCCUUGCGUUCCCAUCGUUCGUUGCCUGUUGCAUGGCUACGCUUCCCUAUUUAGCGUCAUCACUAUCCUCCUACAGGCAUAAAGUACAGCCAACGCUCGUGCGGAUCAGUGACAACAAUACUUGUUUAUGGAAAGCCGGGAUGCGAGGCAAUUCGAGGGUCAGUGACACAAGUGGAAUUAAAAGGACAAGAAGUGAGGCGACGUCCUACUUAAGAUGGUGGUGA